AUGAUUGAGCGAAAAGCCUAUAACUUACCGGUCCGCGAUGUACGCCUCAUUAUGGAUCGCAAUUCAAGACGUUCUAAGGGAGUUGGGUAUAUUGAGUUUUAUGAUGCAAUGUCGGUACCUAUGGCGAUUGCACUUUCUGGUCAGCCUCUUCUUGGUCAACCAGUGAUGGUGAAGCCAUCAGAGGCUGAGAAGAAUCUGGUUCAAUCAACAUCUGUGGUUAGCGGACCAGGUGGGAUGAUAGGCCCAUAUUCUGGCGGAGCUAGAAGGCUGUAUGUUGGAAAUCUCCAUACCAAUAUAAAAGAAGACGAUCUCCGCCAGGUUUUUGGAGCAUUUGGUCCUGUAGAACUGGUUCAGUUACCUGUUGACGAAACUAACAACUGCAAAGGUUUUGGAUUUGUGCAGGUGUCAGCUGUUACAGACCAAGCUGGAAUGCAAGAUCUUGGAGCAAAUGCUGGUGAUUUUGAUGACGAUGAAGGUGGUGGCUUGUUUCAACAUAUCCCAAGUAGAUAUUAA